AUGGGAAACUUAUUUGGAAAAAAGAAACGCACACGAGUGACAGAACAAGACAAGGCAGUGUUGCAACUGAAGCAGCAAAGAGAUAAACUCAGGCAGUAUCAAAAGAGAAUCAACCUCCAGCUGGAAAAGGAGAGGACUGUUGCCAAACAGCUGCUAAAGGAUGGCAAGAAAGAAAAAGCCCUUUUGCUGCUGAAGAAGAAGAAAUACCAGGAGCAGCUCUUGGACAAAACGGAAAACCAGAUCAGUAAUUUGGAGCGAAUGGUUCAGGACCUGGAGUUUGCUCAGAUUGAAAUGAAGGUUCUAGAAGGACUCAAAGUUGGAAAUGAAUGUCUAAAGAAAAUGCACGAGAUGAUGUCCAUCGAAGAAGUCGAGAGAAUCAUGGACGAGACUCAAGACGCCAUCGACUACCAGCGGCAAAUUGAUGAGAUGUUGGCAGGAUCUCUGACGCAAGAAGACGAAGACGACAUUCUAGCUGAACUGGAGGCCAUUACUGAGGCAGAUGUUGAGCUCCCUGACGUCCCCUCAGAGGAACUCCCUGAAGUCCCUGCUGCCAAAGAACAAACACCAGAGCGGGAAAGAUCCCAAAAGAAGCCGGAACGUGAGCUGCUGGCUGCGUAG